GUGUACGAGAGAGGUUUGAUGUAGUUUGAACACUCAAGUAAGGUCAGCUUUCAGUCCGAGGACCUGUAGCUUAGCAACAUGGAGUACACAGCUUUAAACUCGCCAUCUGAAGAAAACAUCUACUUGGACAUAACCAUGAACGAACUGGCCUGUAAAGUUACAGAAGAUAAAGAAUUUGAAGAAUCUCUGCUUAUUGCAGACUUAGAUGAAACAGUAAAUAGGUUUAAUCUGUGGCGCCAUCUUCUUCCUCGUGUUGAAAUAUUCUUCGCUAUGAAGAGCUGCAACAACAAUGUUAUUCGAAGACUGAUGGCUACGCUAGGUUGUAGUUUUGAUUCUGCUAGUAAGUGUGAAAUUCAGCAACUGCUAAAUAUUGGAGUCAAGCCAUCUAAGAUCAUUUUUGCAAACAUUGUGAAAUUCCGAACGCACAUAAAGUUUGCUGCGUCCGUGGGCGUCCACUUGAUGACGUUUGACUGUGAGGAAGAAUUGCUGAAAAUUCAUGAGUGUGAUUCGGAAGCAAGAUUAGUUUUACGGAUUCAGCCUCCGUUAGAGAAUUGUGUAUUUCCGUUUAGAAAUGGGUAUGGCUGUAACCAAGAGGAAGCCUGUCGUCUAGUACAAAAGGCACGUGACCUCAACAUGAUUGUCGAGGGAAUAUCUUUUCACGUAGGUUUCAUGUGCAAGGAUCCCAAGUGUUACGUAGAAGCAAUAAAAACAGCUAGAUGGGUGUUUGACGAAGUCUCCAAGAUGGGAGUGAAGAUGACUUUAUUAGACAUUGGUGGUGGAUACCCCGGCUCUAGAACUAGUCUUAAUUGUUUCAGAGAAUUGAAAAUGUUGAGUACGUUCAAUGGCGUCACAUCUCAAACCUUUGACCCUACAAUUUGCAGCCUGACACAAAAAUUACAGGCCACAUCCAGUUAA